GAUUAAAUUGAUUGCCUGAAUUAAAAUAGGCGUUGUUUAAAUAUAUGAUAAAACGACCUGCCAUACAGUUGUAGUUCUCCUCAGUAGAAGCGAAUACUUUAUUGAUCCCAGAGGGAAAUUAGGUACAUGGUGGGUGUUGCGUAUUUUUAAGGAUUAAAAUAAUAAAAAGAGUUGGAUUAAAUUGAUAGCCUGAAUUAAAAACAGGCGUUGUUUAAAUAUAUGAUAAAACGACCUGCCAUACAGUUGUAGUCCACGUCAGUGGAAGCGAGAUAACAAGGAAGUAGCUAAUAAGGUUAGCCGGAGGAGGAUCAUGAGCGCCUGAAUUUGUGAUAUUUCGACAGAAGGGCAGGAUGGGCAAGCAGAGGAAGAGGGUGGUGACAGGUGAUGCUGCUCUGCUUCCGAGGAAGGACGAGAAGCCCCCUGUAUUUCAUCGCAAGGACAAGAAAAAGAAAACGGACAUUGGGAAGGUGUUCAUCAACAUCUCCAUCGGCCUCUGUGUCUUCAGYCUUAUCUGGUUCUUUUACGCCGUCUACAUGCGGUCCAAUCUGGCCAAGCGAGUGGCCACUCCGCACCCGUCGCCUCGGGUCCUGGAUGCCAACAGCAGCAGUGCCAAGGUGUCACCAGACAGAUUCUGGGGCUCGUACAGGCCUCAGGUCUACUUCGGCAUGAAAACAAGAAGUCCCCGGUCGGUUGUGACGGGUUUGAUGUGGAUGAAUCAGUUUUCAGACUUGGACAUGAAUCUAAGGCACACUUGUGAGCAGGGGGAUCACUUGCAAAGCUAUGGCUGGCUCAUGCACGACGGACUAAGCUUCGGAGUUCAAGAAAUCCACGACACCGACUUCACGCUGACGACCGAGUUUGUUAAACGGCUUGGUGGGGAUCAUGGAGGAGACUGGACCUGGAGGAUCACAGCCAAACAGCAUCAGAGCUCGGCUCCCCGGCCGCCCGUCAUCUCCUUGAUGUUUUACGCAGCAGCAGACACACAGGGCUCACUAGAGACUCACGUGGAGGCAAGAAAUCGCCUCGCUUCCAUCAUUGGUUUUUCAGAAGACCUUGGAAACUUUAAAAUCACCUUCAGAAAACCUGUUACCGGGGAGUCAUCCAGCACCAAGUAUGCCAGUUACAACUACCUCCAAACUGUCUCUCCUGGCUUGGAGAAGCUGACUGACAUUGUGAAACUCAGUCUGAACCGCAAGUUUGUCUUCAGCCCCCCYUCUAGUGAGAAGAGGCAUUACAUAGGUCUGGACGCCUACAAGCCWCCUCACCACCAAAACCAGCAGAAACACGCCGACCCGAGGAAAGAAAGUGACUUUGUGGUUCACCAGGUGACAGUCCAGCUGCCGUUCCAGAUCGAAGUUCUGUUUGAGUCUGGAAGCUUCUACGAUCGCCCAAACCAGYUGGUGGGCUCCGUCAUGACCGAGGAGCUGGAGAGGAGGAAAGCUGAGUUUAACAAAAAGUUUGAAAAGAUCUUUGGGCUCGAGAGCAAAGGUUUUAACCAGGCGCAAGUGAAAUUUGCCAAAGCGGCRCUCAGUAACAUGCUGGGUGGAAUGGGUUACUUCUAUGGACAGUCAGUGGUGCAGUCAGUCUACAAYGAAUACCCACUCCUGUACCCUGAAGGGGCUUUAUUCACCGCCGUCCCGUCGCGCUCUUUUUUCCCCAGAGGUUUYCUCUGGGACGAGGGCUUCCACCAGCUCCUGCUGAGUAAGUGGGAUCCCCAGAUAACGAGGGAAACCAUCGCCCACUGGAUCGACCUGAUGAACGUGGAGGGCUGGAUUCCUCGUGAGCAGAUCCUCGGAGACGAGGCUCUCAGCAAAGUCCCGGCUGAAUUUGUCGUUCAGAGGAACGAGAACGCAAACCCGCCGACCCUCUUCCUGGCCCUCCAGGACCUCAUCCAACAGCUUUCUUCUAAUCCAGAUCAGGCAGCGGCUCGGCAGACCUUGCCGUUUCUCCGAAGGCUUUUCCCCAGGCUGAAAACCUGGUUUGAGUGGUACAACACCACUCAGAGAGGGCCACUUCCCCAUUCCUACCGCUGGCGUGGGCGUGACAAGGACACCAACCUGUUUCUUAAUCCUAAGACGUUAACCUCAGGACUGGAUGACUACCCACGGGCCUCACACCCCUCAGCAGAUGAGCGACAUGUGGAUUUACACUGCUGGAUGGCCUUGUCCUCSGGCAUCAUGGCUAGCAUAGCUAAACUUCUAGGGGAGCCCCACGAAGAAUACAAACUCUURCACGACGUGCUGAGUGACAAUCGCYUGCUCAGUGAGCUCCACUGGUCAGACCAACACGGUGCUUUCUGUGACUUUGGUAACCACACCAAAGCUGUGUCACUCCAGAGGGAGAAGGUGWACGUACCCCCAGGACAACCUCGUCACCAGUUCCCCGUAGCACGACUGGUGCGCUCMGUCCGCAAGGCCCCUAAGCUGCAGUACGUUAAUGCUUUGGGCUACGUUAGCUUGUUCCCCUUCUUACUGCAGAUCCUGGAGCCAGAUUCACCCAAACUGGAACACAUCKUUAAAGAUAUGAAAGACUCCAGCAAGCUGUGGACUCCCUACGGCCUGCGCUCGCUCUCCAAGACCGAUCCGCUCUAUAUGCAGCGAAAUACAGAACACGACCCCCCCUACUGGAGGGGACCCGUAUGGAUUAACAUCAACUACUUGGCGGUCCGAGCCCUCCACCACUACAGCAGCACAAAAGGGCCAUACCAAGAGAAGGCAGCUAUUCUUUAUCAGGAACUCAGGACUAAUAUCAUCAAUAAUGUUUACAAGCAGUACAUUGAAACAGGGUACGUCUGGGAACAAUACAAUGACAGCACUGGCAAGGGCCAAGGGUGCCACCCGUUCACUGGCUGGUCUGCGCUGACAGUAUUAAUGAUGGCUGAGCAUUACUGAUACUGUUUGUUGGGUUUAACUGUCACUGAAGACAGUAUUCAGGUAACAUCGACUGUUAAAAUACAGAAAUACAUUCAGAGAAGAGAAAUUUGCCAUCGUUCAUCAGCCCUUUAAAUAAAAAACAGAUUUUACACAUGUGCAGCUGGCCUGUCUGUCUAAAUGGUGCAAGAUACUGUAUUACUGCAGGUAAAGCCUGUUUUUUUCUUUUAAUAAAACAAAUAAAUUGCAUCUUUACUCGUCUGCACCUUGAGUGUCGAACAGACAGACAUGAAUAUUCCUUCCAGGUCAGCUCGGCUAAAGGAAAGUUUGUGGUUUCAGGCUUAAUAUGAGGACGUUUUGAGUAACAUGUUCUUGAGGAAGUGACGUGUUUGGGGAAGUUAUUCAGGUUAUUUCACUGAGUAAAAAAACAUUAACUGAAAUUAAUCAAUCAAUCAUGUUUUGAUUUUGAUCUGUCUCAAAUCAUCAAUCAUUUUAUUGCUUAAUUUUUAAAUCCCAGUCUUUUGAAAAGUGUUUUUUUUUUUUGUCUUGCCUCAAAUUUAUAAAACAACGGUUUCAAAAAGUAAAUAUUUUGUGUACAGUGUGGUUUUGUCUGGCAAGGAAUACAACUAACAUUUGACUUGUUAUUGCCAAAAACAAUAAACAAUUUAAAUACUUG